CUAGAAACAAUUUGUUUCUCCACUCGCUCUGAGGUGCUUUAGAGCUCAGACUGUGUGCUGCUGGAUUCAAACUCCAACUCAGUUACUUACUAGCUGAUGACCUUGGCUAAGUUAUUUAACCUCUCUGUGCCCGUUCCCCACAUGUAAAAUUGGGGUUUCAGCUGUUAUUGUUGCUUCAUUGGUUCCCGGGAUGUUAAAUUCAAUUAUGUAAUUACAACUGCCAUGAACAGGUUUGGGAACCAACACCUGACUCUUGAUAAGCAUCUGACUUAACUGACAGAGCUGCACACACAGGGUGAGCUAGAGACUGGCCCACUGCUGUGAGCAUUCAGCAUGCCAAGGGCCUUAGUCAGUAAGUUUCACACGAGGAAACGGAAAACAUCAGGUAACCUGGGUCAGCGACGCCAAUGAUAGUUAAGAACGACUGUUCUAAAUCUGCCACCAUCUGUCAUCCAACCCUGGCCACACCUGGGGAGAAUCACCUGGGGAUGUGUAAACAAUAUGAUGUCCUGGCACCCCCAGAGACUGAUGUAAGUGGUACCAGGUGGGGCCUGGGCAUUUCUAAAAGCUCCCAGAUCUUUACCAGCUGUGAUAAGCACCCGAGGGCUAGAAGGGAAGCGCUUGGAGGGCAGGGCCCGCCUCUCUGAUCUCACAACUGGACACACAGUGCCUGUUUCCUGGCCACAGUGGGCCCUCACAUCCUAGCUUUUAAAGGAGUAAAUGGUGGCCAUUAGGUUUCAAGCACCAGGGCACAGGCUUGAUUCCCUCUUCCCAGCUUCCCUAUUGUGCCAGUGGGCAGAAACCAACCACACAAUGUUGCUUAGGCUGUGUCCAAGGGGCAGACAAAGGCACCAAUGGGAAGCCUCAGCAGGGAGCAACCCUUCCCCCAGAAACAGUUCCAGGAGGCACCAGGCGCCACCCAGGGCUGCAGUUAAUCAUUCACCCCACAACACAGGAAGUAAGCCCUACGCCAGUCCCAGCCCCAGGGCUUCCCGGGCUCAGGGCAAGUCCGCAGUCCACACAUCAUCCAGACAGAGGACAGCCCAGCCCAGCCACAGUUGCUUCUUUGAGUCAGGGUGCAGCUCUGGUCACCUGACGGCCUCUUCCGCUCAGCCUCCCGCAAAGUGUGAGCCUGAAGGACCACCCUGAAUUGCCCUUGUAGGCCCCAGAACAGCUACCAGCAGAAUCGGGUAAUGGCUCCCUCCUCCUUCACCCGGGCUGCCCUCACCUGGCUAUGGGCUUGCAGUCUGUGAUAAGGAGCUCCACUUCUAGAAGACUGAUUCUCAUGGACCAACUGGUAUUCAAAGAGACAAUCUGGAAUGAUGUGUUCUGGCAGAACCCCUGGGACCAGGGGGGCCUGGCAGUGAUUAUCUUAUUCAUCACCGCUAUCCUGCUUCUCAUCUUAUUUGCCAUCGUGUUUGGUUUACUCACUUCCACAGAAAACACUCAGCGUGAAGAGGGUGAAGAGGAGUGACCUGACUUCCUGGGGACUGAGACGGCAGCAGGGGAGGCAAGCUGACCUGCCCCAUUCUGGUGGUGGGCCCCUCCGCGGUCCCCUCUGGCUCAGGGGCCAGGCCCUGGUGUCUUCCUUUCCCACCAGGAAAGAGUCUAGUAAAAUAUUCCAUCUGGCUUAGGGUUGGUCAGACUAGUAAGAUGGGGAGGCUGGUCUGAGACCAAUGCUGGCUCCUUGAUCCUAUUGGUUUUCGGGUUCCCUGACCAGAACACUAAAAGCACGUGGAGAGGACGGCUCCACUGCCUCAGGUGGAAGGAGCGAUGGCUAACAAGGUUUUCUAACAGGCUCACAGGCCCAGCCAGCAAUUUCACAAAUCCUUGACAGAGAAAGACACAACCAAAUGAAGUAAAAAUUCCUUUACAAAUCUGCUAA